GCGGCAGCGUCCGUCCCUGCUGCAGAGCUGCUUUUGGAGAGCUGACUUAAAGGGCCCGCUGCGCGCCGCCGCCCCCUCGGCCCGCCAUGCUGCUACCUGUGCCGCUGCUGCUCGGCCUUCUUGGCCUGGUCGCUGCCGAACCCGUCGUCUACUUCAAGGAGCAGUUUUUGGACGGAGACGGGUGGACCGACCGCUGGACCGAAUCCAAACACAAGUCGGAUUUUGGCAAAUUCGUCCUCAGUGCCGGCAAGUUCUACGGUGACCAGGACAAGGAUAAAGGGCUGCAGACGAGCCAGGAUGCCCGCUUUUACGCCUUGUCUGCCAGAUUUGAGCCUUUCAGCAACAAGGACCAGACGUUGGUGGUGCAGUUUACUGUGAAACAUGAGCAGAACAUCGACUGCGGGGGCGGCUAUGUGAAGCUAUUUCCAGAUAGUCUGGACCAGACUGACAUGCAUGGAGACUCUGAAUACAACAUCAUGUUUGGCCCUGACAUCUGUGGCCCUGGGACCAAGAAGGUUCACGUUAUCUUCAACUACAAGGGCAAGAACGUGCUCAUCAACAAGGACAUCCGUUGCAAGGACGAUGAAUUCACACACCUGUAUACUCUGAUUGUACGGCCCGAUAACACCUACGAGGUAAAAAUUGACAACAGCCAGGUGGAGUCUGGCUCUCUGGAGGAUGAUUGGGACUUCCUGCCACCCAAGAAGAUAAAGGAUCCUGAUGCUUCAAAGCCUGAAGACUGGGAUGAGCGGGCCAAGAUUGAUGACCCCACAGACUCCAAACCUGAGGACUGGGACAAGCCCGAGCACAUCCCUGACCCCGAUGCUAAGAAGCCUGAGGACUGGGAUGAAGAGAUGGAUGGAGAGUGGGAACCACCAGUGAUUCAGAACCCAGAAUACAAGGGCGAGUGGAAGCCCCGGCAGAUCGACAACCCGGAUUACAAGGGCACUUGGAUUCAUCCAGAGAUCGACAACCCCGAGUAUUCUCCUGAUAGCAGUAUCUAUGCUUAUGAGAACUUCGCUGUUCUGGGCCUCGACCUCUGGCAGGUCAAGUCUGGUACCAUCUUUGACAACUUCCUCAUCACCAAUGAUGAAGCAUAUGCCGAAGAGUUUGGCAACGAGACGUGGGGAGUCACAAAGGCAGCAGAAAAGCAAAUGAAGGACAAGCAGGAUGAGGAGCAGAGACUGAAGGAGGAGGAGGAGGACAAGAAGCGCAAGGAGGAGGAGGAGGCAGACAAGGACGACGACGAGGACAAAGAUGAAGAUGAGGAGGAUGAGGAUGAUAAAGAAGAGGAUGAAGAGGAAGAUGGUGCUGGCCAGGCCAAGGAUGAGCUGUAGGGGCCACACCAUCGCUUCCAGGGCUGGACUGAGGCCUGAGCGCUCCCGUCACAGAGCUGGCCGCGCCAAAUAAUGUCUCUAUGAGACUGGAGAACUUUCCUUUUUUCCAGGCGGGUUCCAAUUUGGGGUAGAUUUUGGUAUUGUUCCCGCCCCCCCCCCUUUUUUUUUAUUGGUGUUUUGUCUUUGAUUCUCCUUUGGCCCCAUCUUUUUUGACAUCUUUGCCUUCUGUCCCCUUCUCCCCUUUAGAUCCCAUAGUUCCCCUUCCAGCCUUGGGGCAUGUGGGGUGUUGAGUAGCCCCAGGGCCAAUAUUUCAUCUGUUCUCCUUCCUGGAGCCCAGAGGGGGGCAGGAGAAGAGGAUGGACCCCUCAGCCCCCCAGCACUGAGGAAGAUUGGGGCUCCUAGGGCUGAGCUCUGAUACCCCCACCAGCUCCCUUUCUCCUCUGCCUCCAUUACUGGGCCACUUGGUGGGGCAGUGGGUUCUAGCUCAGCUCACACUGAGAAUGUAAGAACUACAAACAAAAUUUCUAUUAAAUUAAGUUUUGUGUCUUC